AUGGCCGACAAAGGUGGUUUGUUGGCAAGAUCGGAAUUUCCCCUUUACGUUGUUAAAUCCUUAGACGAAAGACAUUUUCUUGUAGCUGGUGGUGGCGGCGCUGCAAAGACUGGAAUUGCUAACGCAAUUGAAGUAUAUGAGGUGAAGCUGCAAGAUGGCAAACUUCAAGCUGUCAGUAUUUGUCGUCAUGAUACCGGAUCACAAGCUAUCAUGAAUGGCACUAACGUCUAUGAUGGGAGACACCAUCACUUUGCAGCAGGACUGGAUGAUGAAUGUCAUGUUUACUCCCUGAAAUACAAAGUGAUAUCUCCCAAAAAAAAGACAGCAGAUGAUGGAAAUUUACGAAAAAGGAAAGGUGAUUCUAGUUCAGAAAGCACUCAAAACAGCACUGGCAAGCAGAUCAUGUUUGAUAUUGAUGAAAUAAAAAGUACCAAAACAGAUUUCAAUAAAGACAGCAGUUUUCAGAAGGUUGCCCAGAUCAGCCCAAGUCGGAGCUUCAUAGCUACAGGGGGUACUGAUGGCUAUCUCAGAGUGUGGAAGUUUCCAGGAUUAGAAAAAAUGUACGAAGUUCAUGGCCAUAAAAACGAUAUAGAUGAUAUUGAUAUCAGUCCAUCAGGAGAUAAGAUUGUGACUGUGUCUCGAGACCACUGUGCCUGUGUAUGGAACUCUAAAGAUGGUAGUAAAAUCACCAAUCUCAAGUGGCCCCUACAAUCAGACGAGCACAGAUAUAGGUGUUGUAGAUAUGGUCUGAUUGAAGGAAAUAAGGACAAAUUUAACCUCUACACCAUCAGUAUACCAAAUAAACGAUCUGCUCAGAAACCUCUACCUUGUUUUAUAACUAUGUGGAAUAGCGAGAAGUUCGCCCCAAAACGGAUGAUUAAUGCUGGUACAGAAGUUCUUUCAAGUCUGGCAGUGAGUGAUGAUGGCGUGUAUAUAGCAGUUGGAACGAUAUCAGGCAGUGUGGCUGUGUAUAUAUCCUUUAGUCUUCAGAAAUUGUAUUAUAAGAAAGAGGCCCACAGUAUAUUUGUGACUGGAAUCGAGUUCAUGCCGAGUUCUGAGGGAGCGCGGGAAGUGACAGGAAACCAGGACUUUACCUUAUUAAGUAUCUCAGCUGAUAACACUAUCCGCAUGCAUCAAGUAGCCGCUCGGAAUUCCUACAGCGUACUACUGAUUGUAUUUGGUGCUUUACUGAUUGUAUUGAUGAUAUUUGUAAUGCUUGGAGAGUAUGGAAUCUGAAGAGAAACAAUCUACACAGCCUCUGUAGUAAAUCCAGACCGAGAUCUUUAGUAACUUAAGGCAGCUACAGACUUCAGCCCAGGGAUUCCUGUAACUCGACUUGAAUCCAUCAGGAUCUUACUGGGGUCAGCUUCAGUAUUAGCUGAAAUCAAUUUAAGAAAUGAGGUUUUAAUGCAUAAAGGAAAUAUUUAAUUAUUAUUUAUGAAAUCUGCCUUGGUUAUAUAUUGAUAUGGUAAGAUGUAGGGUGUAAAUUGAUGGUGGGGUACACAAACUGUGGGUAGUACCAUUAACACUCAUAGACACUCGGAUACUCCACCCCCGGUACACCUAGGUUAUAUAUUGAUAUGGUAGGAUACAGUGUGUAAAUAGAUGGUGAUGUAGUUAGUGUACACAAACUGUGGGUAGUACUUAGUUAGUGUACACAAACUGUGGGUAGUACCAUUAACACUCAUAGACACUCGGUAACGCCAUCCCCAGUACACCUAGGUUAUAUAUUGAUAUGGUAGGAUACAGUGUGUAAAUAGAUGGUGAUGUAGUUAGUGUACACAAACUGUGGGUAGUACCACUGACACUCAUAGACACUCGGUAACGCCAUCCCCAGUACACCUAGGUUAUAUAUUGAUAUGGUAGGAUGCAAAUAGAUUGUGAUGUAGUUAGUGUACACAAUAGAUGGUGAUGUAGUUAGUGUACACAAACUGUAGGUAGUACCUAGUUAGUGUACACAAACUGUGGGUAGUACUUAGUUAGUGUACACAAACUGUGGGUAGUACCAUUAACACUCAUAGACACUCGGUAACGCCAUCCCCAGUACACCUAGGUUAUAUAUUGAUAUGGUAGGAUACAGUGUGUAAAUAGAUGGUGAUGUAGUUAGUGUACACAAACUGUGGGUAGUACUUAGUUAGUGUACACAAACUGUGGGUAGUACUUAGUUAGUGUACACAAACUGUGGGUAGUACUUAGUUAGUGUACACAAACUGUGGGUAGUACUUAGUUAGUGUACACAAACUGUGGGUAGUACUUAGUUAGUGUACACAAACUGUGGGUAGUACUUAGUUAGUGUACACAAACUGUGGGUAGUACUUAGUUAGUGUACACAAACUGUGGGUAGUACCUAGUUAGUGUACACAAACUGUGGGUAGUACCUAGUUAGUGUACACAAACUGUGGGUAGUACUUAGUUAGUGUACACAAACUGUAGGUAGUACCUAGUUAGUGUACACAAACUGUGGGUAGUACCAUUAACACUCAUAGACACUCGGUAACGCCAUCCCCAGUACACCUAGGUUAUAUAUUGAUAUGGUAGGAUACAGUGUGUAAAUAGAUGGUGAUGUAGUUAGUGUACACAAACUGUGGGUAGUACCAU